CCAGGUUAUUUCUCCACUAGGACAUCAAUGGCAUUGUUGCUCUUGCUGCUUGGUGAUGGUGCAGCUGUGUCAAGUAUGCGAGACGGCCGAGUCCAAGUACAAAUGCCCGACGUGCCGAGCGCCGUACUGCAGUCUUGUGUGCUGCAAGAAGCAUAAGGAGACGCCGUGCGAGCCGGCGCCGGUGCGCGAGAAGCCGCAGGAGCCUCCGCAGCCAACGCCAGCGCCAGCCACUGCCAUGGAGGUAGACGAGGAGGACGUGGACGGUACGGACAAGCUCACGGACGAGCAGAUGGAUGUGCUUAGGACGUCAGACGACGUGAAGGAGAUGUUGGCCAACCCAGCGAUUACGCAGGCAUUGACACAGAUUGAUAGCAGCCAGGACAAAAUGAAGACAUUGGAGAAGGCACUGCUGGACCCAGCAUUCGCCAAGUUCAUGUACCAAGCGCUGGAUGAGGUCGUUCCUGCAAAAUAACCUUUUGCUUGAUUGAAUUUUACGUUUUUUUCCUCUGAAAUACUCCAUGUUCCGUGAUACAUUUAUGCGUAUGAUGAAGAUUACAUGUAGUCACACAGAUGCAAAGCUUUCGUAAGAAGCUCCACUUGAGUAAUCUACUUCGUGUAUCAUAUUAAAAUGAAUCGCUUCCACC